AUGGCCUCCUUCACACCUGCCAACAACAGCAACCCAGUGUUUGGCCUGAGUGGCUUCCCAGGGCUGGAGAGGGUUCACCACUGGAUUAGCAUCCCCAUCUUUUCCGCUUACCUGGCUGCCAUGCUGGGUAACUGCACCAUUCUGUACAUCAUCUGGACAGAGCCCAGUCUGCACCAGCCCAUGUAUUACUUCCUGGCCAUGCUGGCUACCACCGACCUGGGACUCUGCCUCACCACAGUGCCCACCGUCAUGGGAGUCCUCUGGUUCCAGCUAAGGAAGAUCAGCGUACACCUCUGCAUUUCUCAAGGCUUCAUCUUCCACUCCUUCUCCUUCAUGGAGUCGGCUGUGCUCUUUGCCAUGGCAAUAGACCGCUUCCUAGCCAUCUGCUUCCCUCUGAGAUACACACUUCUGCUGACCACCAACAGAGUGGCUGCAGUUGGGCUGAUCCUUCUGCUGAGAAGCACCGUGCUCCUAAUUCCCCUCAUGCCUUUUGUUCUACAGUUCCGCUACUGUCCGGGUGCAACCCUUUCUCACUCCUACUGUUUACAUCAGGAUAUUAUCCGCUUGGCAUGUGCCAACACAAGCUUCAACAGCCGUUAUGCUCUCAUCCUCAUCUUCCUCACCAUGGGCUCUGAUCUGCUCUUCAUCCUCAUCUCCUACAGCCUUAUCCUGAAGGCAGUCCUGGGUAUGACUUCUGGGAACGAAGGCCACCACAAGGCCCUGGGCACAUGCGUCUCCCAUGUCUGCGCUGUCCUGGCUUUCUAUGUUCCAGUGCUUGGGCUGUCCAUCGUGCACCGGUUUGGCCAGCAUGCCUCUCCCCUUCUCCAUGUCAUCAUGGGCAACUUCUACAUUCUUCUACCACCCUUGAUGAACCCCAUCAUUUACUGCAUCAAAACAAAGCAAAUCUACAGCAGGAUCCUCAGAAUAGUCUCAUUCAAGAUCCCCUAA